AUGCUCUUGCUAUAUCUACGGUUGGAUUCACUGCAUUCACAAGCGUAAUGAUAAAAGCUGGCGAAUGUGGUCAAGGAAAGCACCAAUGGAACGUUUCGGUUGCAGAUUUGCAAAGAAUCGCAAGAGUAAAUCGGCAGACUGAGAACCCACAUGGCUGCUCAUUAAUUCGCUUUAGUUUGCCAAUAUACUUGAGAUCAUCUAUCCACCAACGAUGUUUGCUGCAAAGUUUGCAAUUCUACUGCAGAUCAAACAUAUUUUCACUAAACAUCAGCGUAAUUUCAACUAUUAUGCCGUUCAUACGCUCCUCGCAUGCAACUUUCUUGUGUAUCUGGCAUUGUUCUUUGCGUUUAUUUUCGCUUGUUGGCCCCGCGAAAAGAUCUGGCACCCUCACCUAUACGGUAGAUGCAUCUCCACGAAUGCCUCCAUCAUCGCGACGUCGGCAAUCAAUAUACUCUCUGAUUUUACAAUACUCUUCCUUCCACUACUGAGCAUCUCCCGUCUUCAACUGCCUUUGAAGAAGAAGAUUGGAGUGUCAACUGUAUUCGCUAUUGGACUAUUUGCAUGCAUCGCGAGCAUCCUGCGUCUAUACUACAGCGUAAAAUUGUCCCAAACACAUGAUAUUACAUGGGCAAUUGCUCCAGUAGGCAUGUGGUCCCUAGCAGAAUUUGCUACAGUUAUCAUAGUAGGCUGUUUCCCGCCCCUCCCUCGCCUAUGGAAGUUCUUGAGGGGCCAUGAUAAGCCAAUUUCUGGAGCACACAUGUCUAGCCAAGAAGGAAGAAUCAAAGGUUCAAGUCAGGCUUCAAACAACAAAGGCGACAAAUCUCACGAAUGGUACACCGUCUGCAGAGACACGGAUUGUAUGUACAUACCGCUUGAGGAGCAGAGUAUCACUAAUGAGGAUCGCACAAUGCGUAUUGGACAGAAAGAGGACCGAAUUCCAGGGAUGAACGUCUCGCUGAGUCCUUUGUCCCUGACUUCAAUCAGAAAGACAACCGAAAUAGGUGUUGUGACGAGUAAUUAAGACUCGAUCAUGGAUUCCAGAACAGAUAUUGCUUUCUUAUUAUCACCUAUUGCGUUGAGAAGUUUGAUAUGUAAUGUAUCGCUAUGUUCACACUUCGAAAUAUAUCAUUAUUGCAGCA